CCAAAAUUUCCAUAUUCAUGCACCCAAAAUCCCUAUAAAUAACUCUCAAUUCCCGAACUGAAAAGCCAAAGCAGAUUGAAAGAGGGAGAGUAAGUGAAGUGAGAAACAAAAAAAAAAAAAUGCCUUCCUCUCCUUUGAUUCUUGUCUCAAAAUCAACAGUUUUCCCAGACCAGAAAUCAAAUUUAGGAGACCUGAAGCUUUCAGUUUCAGAUCUCCCAAUGUUGUCUUGCCAUUACAUCCAAAAAGGUUGUCUCUUCACUCGCCCUCCCAUUCCAAUCGACUCACUCGUUUCCCUGCUCAAACAAUCCCUCUCCAAAACGCUGUCGUUUUUCCCUCCCCUCGCAGGUCGUCUUUACACCGACCAAAACGGUUACAUUUACAUAACUUGCAAUGACGCUGGGGUUGAGUUCCACCAUUCGAAAUGCGCCACGUGGUUCAUCCGCGACGUCAUUGGUCCGAUUCAUGUCCCGGAGUUUGUUAGAGAGUUUUUCUCCUUUGACAAAACGGUUAGUUAUCAGGGCCAUCACAAGCCAAUCAUGGCCGUGCAAGUCACCGAGCUGGCUGAUGGAGUUUUCAUCGGAUGUUCCGUUAACCAUGCGGUGACUGACGGCACGUCGUUUUGGAAUUUCUUCAACACUCUUGCUGAAAUUUGCAGAAAAAUUACUAAUAGUAAAAUUCAAAGCAUUGAAAAAAUCGCAAGGCAACCAGAUUUUUCGCGGGACUCGGUUUUGAUUUCAUCGGCGAUUUUAAGAGUCCCAGAAGGUGGGCCCAAAGUUACGUUCAAUGAAAACGAGCCAUUACGGGAGAGAAUCUUCAGUUUCAGCCGAGAAGCCAUUCUAGAACUGAAAGCCAAAGUUAACAAGAAGGAGGAGGAGCUUCUUAUCAACGGAGUCUUUAACGCCGUUGAAAUUCUCGGGAAGCAAAGUAACGACAAGUACUAUAUUGAAAACGGCACAAACUUAACAGGGAUUUUUGAAAAAUGGUUGUUCAAAACAACCGCAGUUUCAAAUACGGUGGAGAUUUCGUCGUUUCAAUCACUUUGCGCUCUUAUCUGGCGAGCCGUGACACGUGCGAGGAAGCUUCCGUCAUCCAAAACGACCACGUUUAGAAUGGCUGUGAAUUGCCGUCACAGGCUGAACCCGAAGCUAGACCCUUUAUAUUUCGGGAACGCGAUUCAAAGCAUUCCAACGUGUGCGUCAGCAGGGGACGUCACGUCACGUGACAUACGCUGGUGCGCCGAGCAAUUAAACAAAAGCGUGAAAGCUCAUAACGACGAAACGGUGCGUCGUUUUAUUCAUAACUGGGAGAAGGAUCCGCGGUGUUUUCCGUUGGGGAACUUCGACGGCGCGUCGAUGACUAUGGGGAGUUCUCCGAGAUUUCCAAUGUACGAUAAUGAUUUCGGGUGGGGUCGACCGUUGGCUGUUAGGAGUGGUGCGGCCAAUAAAUUUGAUGGGAAGAUCUCCGCUUUUCCUGGACGGGAAGGGAAUGGGAGCGUUGAUUUGGAGGUGGUUUUGGCGCCAGAAACAAUGGCCUUGAUUGAGUCUGAUCGCGAGUUCAUGCAAUAUGUAAUGAAUUAAAUAAUGGGGGAUUUCAUCGGAAUAGAUGUAUUUUCAUAUUAUCACGUGUUUUAUUUUUGGCCGUUGGAUGAUACUUGCUAAAAAUGGGGGUCCAGGAUUUUGGGAUGGGGGUGAUAUGUAACGGCCGUGAUGUUGUAGGGAGUCAAGGAUGUUUCGUCUAUUAGGGACACACUAAUUAUUAUUAAAAUAAAUAAUCAUCUUUUCACUUU